AGUAGGUGGCGGUGUACGCACCUAAACGUUGGAUGCGAUCCAGAAUAAGAAGAAGACGAAUCAGCUCUUUUUACUGUGUCACUUUUUCGACAUGGCAGCUACCAGCUCGGAAGACUCCGUCAUAAGUCUGAAAGGUGUGAUUUUAGACAUGUGCGGCGUGUUAUAUGAUGCUGGAGAAGACGGCGGCACACCAAUUCCAGGCUCCGUAGAAGCGGUUAAAAGGUUAAAGGCCUCGGACCUGCAGGUGCGCUUCUGUACCAACGAGACCCAGGCCACACGGGAGGUGUUUGUAGCCAAGCUGCAGAGGAUGGGGUUUGAUAUCUGUGUGUCUGAGGUGUUCUCUCCAGCCCCGGCUGCCGUGGCUGUCCUGAAGGAGAGGGGGCUACGACCCCACCUGCUGGUCUACGACGGUGUUGUCCCUGAGUUUGACAGUGUUGAAAAGGCCAACCCAAACUGUGUUGUCAUAGGAGACGCAGCAGAGAAGUUCUCCUACCAGAACCUCAACGAUGCCUUCAGAGUUCUCAUAGGGCUGGAGAACCCAGUACUGUUCUCUCUGGGCAGAGGGAAGUACUACAAAGAGGAUGAAGGCCUGAACCUGGAUGUUGGGGUUUACAUGAAGGCAUUGGAGUAUGCCUGUGAUGUAGAAGCUGAGGUCAUCGGGAAGCCAGACCCCAUGUUCUUUCAGAAAGUUCUAGAUGACAUGGGGAUUCAGUCACACCAGACUCUGAUGAUUGGUGACGAUCUGGUGAAUGAUGUGGGCGGGGCCCAACACUGUGGAAUGAAGGGUGUCCAAGUGAGGACAGGAAAAUACAGGCCCAGUGAUGAGAAGCACCCCACAGUAACAGCUGAUGGCUAUGUGGACAACCUUGCGGAGGCUGUGGAAACCAUCCUGAAGCUCCGGGGCCAGUGAGGAGAGGACCAGGAAGAACCACCUUCACCACCACAAUACACCACACACACACAGUGAUUACUCUAGUACGAUCUGACAACAGGGAGUAACCCACUAACAUAGAGAGCCAUGGAGAGAUAGAGCCAAGAUGGAGGAGAUAGAAGAACACAGUCUUAGGGGAGAUAGAGCCAAGAUGGAGGACAUAGAGCCAUGUUGGAGCCAAGAUGGAGGACAUAGAGCCAUGUUGGAGCCAAGAUGGAGGACAUAGAGCCAUGUUGGAGCCAAGAUGGAGGACAUAGAGCCAUGUUGGAGCCAAGAUGGAGGACAUAGAGCCAUGUUGGAGCCAAGAUGGAGGACAUAGAGCCAUGUUGGAGCCAAGAUGGAGGAGAUAGAGCCAUGUUGGAGCCAAGAUGGAGGAGAUAGAGCCAUGUUGGAGCCAAGACGGAGGACAUAGAGCCAUGUUGGAGCCAAGACGGAGGAGAUAGAGCCAUGUUGGAGCCAAGACGGAGGAGAUAGAAGAACACAGUAUUAGAGGAGAUGGCUCCAACAUGGCUCUAAGAUGGAGGAGAUAGAAGUUAUUAACCUCAUGGUCAGAGGGCAACUAGUUAGGUAAGUUAAUAACCUCAUGGUCAGAGGGCAGCUAGUUAAUAACCUCAUGGUCAGAGGGCAGCUAGUUAGGUAAGUUAAUAACCUCAUGGUCAGAGGGCAGCUAGUUAGGUAAGUUAAUAACCUCAUGGUCAGAGGGCAACUAGUUAGGUAAGUUAAUGACCUCAUGGUCAGAGGGCAACUAGUUAGGUAAGUUAAUGACCUCAUGUUUACCUGAAGGUGCCUAAAGCCAGUAGCCUCUUUACACACUGAGGACGGACUGGAUGGAGAUGGACUGGGUCUAGUGGACUGGACUGGGUCUAGUAGUGGGCUGUGUCCAUGUGAUAGUACUGUGGAUUUAGCUGACUAAGUUAAUGUUUUGGAUUAAAAAAAUAUAUACUUAUUUUCCACCAUAAUUUGCAAAUAAAUGCAUUAAAAAUCCUA